AUGUUAACAGGAUUACAAUGGCAUGUUAAAUUAAAUGAAAUCCUUUUGACUAUAAUAAAAUUAGUGAAGUAAGUCAUAUUUAUAUAUAAAAGAUUGGUGUUCAAGAUUUUAUUGAAAUAUAAAAUAUUUUUCAAUUGGUUAAAAAUACUUAGUAUGAGUGGUUGUUCAAUACAGGAUAAUAAAUAUAUCGCUUCGUUUUGA